UGAGACUAUACCUUUUAUCUAACGGUAUAAAGGGUUAUCUGAUAACCUUACUACUAAAUCAGUGUCACACAACCAAAACGGCGAAAUCAGGGGAAUUACGAAUAGAAUAUGAAACUGAUCAAUUUGGAAAUUCGUAUACCGGAAGGUUUAAAAAAUACUUAGUGGUAGACUACGUAACAUAUCAGAAUAUAGAAGGACGCUAAAUAAGUAAGGAAUGUCAAAUAGAGUUGCAACGUGAUAAUAGAAUAUGUCUGAUCCUGUGUCGAACGAAAUAUGGAAUAGCUUAAAGCAAAUUCCUAACCGGAGUCAUAUUAAAUAGAAUAUGUCCCGCCCAGGGCCGUACCAAAUAGUAUUGUCUUAAAGCUAAAUCGGCAUUUUCCAGACUAGCACAGCGUCUUUAAAAUCCAUUUAAUUUGGUUCAAAAUGGUAAGAAGCCACUAAGUAUGUAAAUUAACGUUAAAAUAAGACAAUGCCUUGUAUAAGGUCACCCAGUAAAUUCAUUUGUUUGUGUUAUGAAGCGUUACGUGAUAUUAUGUGGGAUUUCCAAAUAUGAAUAGAACGUUAAAUUAGUAAUGUGCAGAUGGGGAGCUAUUGAUAUUAGGACAUGAGGCAUACAAUAAUAAUGAUCAAAAUGAUUAGGACGUUUCUUUGUUUCAACUGUAUGAUUAUAUAUUUCCACUCAACAACAGCCCAGUUAUCUCAAAAGGAAACGUUGAAGAAUAUAACAGAAUGCGAUCUCAAUGCCGGUAUUAGAUUAACCUGUGCAAGGGACGAGAUGAUUGCAAUACAUACCCUACAAUAUGCCUACAAUGUUAGUUGUGAAGGAAUAUGUUGUCACACCUAUGCAAGUAAUGACUGCUUUGUUAAUGCUGGUGAUACAGACAUUCAAGACAUCCGUCGUGCCUGCUCAGGCAGGUCGUCCUGCAACGCACCAACCCCUCCAGACAAAAUAGCCUUCACUACCUGCUCAUUAGGUGUAAAUGACAUUUCGUAUAUAUUUCUACAAUACUUUUGCAUUCCAAAGGAAAGGAUAUCUUCCAUUUGUUCAAACGGACAAACGCUUACGUCAGACGAUGCUCCACUCUAUCUGACAAAUGAGAAUUAUCCAAGUGUAACGACCGGAAGUGCAUCAUGUUCCUGUUCCCUUGAAGUAUACUCCUGCUCUUCCAGCAUUAACAUGUACAUAAUGGACGCAGAUCUGUACUUAGAUACAAGUGCUUGCUAUCAGACCUUAGAAUUUCUAGAUGGAUCUAAUAAAACACUGUAUACCAUUGGUUGUGAAAGUCACGACUCAAAUCAAAUAGAAAGCAGCACAGCGAAUAAUCAUUAUCUAAAAAUAGAUUUCAUCAAUAACAGUACGUCAAACCAAGAAGGAUAUUUUUUCAUUGGCCUCGAAGCUUCUGAGUCUGGAGCAUCUUUCCGCCUCAGCUGCAGCUAUGAAGAAGAAACAUGGUGUGUCGGAUGUGGUGAUGUACCAGUGAUCGCGAAUGGAAAUAUAGAACUCAGCAAUGUGAACGAUUCCUCCUACGAAGCAGCAGCAAAUGUUAUCUGUGAUUCAGGUUAUGAAACAAAUACGUCUACUAUAAAUUGUCUUGCUAAUGGUACAUGGCCUGAUCCUGUUUGUACAGAGAAAGCCGCCUGUACAGAAAGUCAAUGGAGAUGUACUAAUGGAGACUGUGUAUUAGCCAGUCAGAGAUGUGAUAAUAUUCCCGGCUGCACGGACCUGUCUGAUGAAGUCAACUGUGAUGCUCCAGUCUGUCCAGAAGGUCUAGAGUUUUGCCCCCAUGAUAACGGAACCGACGUUUGUGUCGACAAAGCAGUUGGAUGUAACUGUGGCACAGUUCCGUCGAUACCAAAUGGAGUAAUAAUAAUUGAAGACAAUUCAACAAUUGGGUCCGUGGCUAACGUUACAUGUAAUGAAGGUUACAUUCCGAGUAAACAAACUGUUACAUGUCUGACUACCGGUUCGUGGGAGACUGUGUCUUGCACUGCUAAAGCCUGUGGGACACUGCCAGCAAUUUCUUCAGGAAGAUACGAACUAGUCGGUUCCGGUACAACAUUUGGAGCUUCGGCAAGAGUCAUUUGUAGCACAGGGUACACAGCUGAUAAACAAAGUGUAAUUUGUCAGUCCACAGGGAUAUGGGAAUCCGCUGUCUGCACGUUGGCAGAUUGUGGAACAGUGCCGGACGUAGUCCAUGGUAUUGUAACUCUUAACAAUGACAACAAUACGACGUUUGCAGCUACUGCUUCUGUAGUAUGUGAAAAGGGAUAUCAACCAGCUAAAGUCUCAAUUACUUGCCAGGCUUCAGGAAUGUGGGAAACGCCGUUGUGUGAAACUACCGAUAACAGCACACCUUCAAACGGUGGGUCUAAGGAUGACAAACCUACAUUAAGCCUUGUGCUUAUCAUCGUUAUUGUAAUUCUGUGCGUGCUAUUUCUUGUAUCCCUUGUACAAUUCGUAGUUAUGUGUUUUCUUCAGUGCCAGAUACAUAACAUACGCAAAACAGCAGCAGGAGAAGAUUCUGAAAUUUCUAAAAGGAUAUGUAUGACUGUUUUGGGGAGUGUUCCAGUUUUAGGAUGGAUACCUAUAUACAUUACCUGGAAGGUGUUUUACAGAGACGUGUAUCAAGUUAAUCAUAGAAAGCAAGAUAAGAAAGAUAAGGGUUCCAAGACAGCCUAUUCUAAUAACUCGUACAGUGAUGUAAGUUGGAGUAAAAAUAGGAUGAGAUCAGAUGAAGUCAAUGAAAACGAAAUAAGGUUGGAGCACCAAAAGACAGAAACAAACGAAAAGGCAAACAGCAGCCAUACAGAGGAUAAUGCAGGCGUACAGAAUCAAAGUUCCACAAUGAAAGCUGCCCCAUCCAUCGAGCAUGACGGAUAAUUGGACACAGACUAUAAUGCGACGAUACAUAUUUGACGUCAUAGAUGCAUGGCUGGCCAAUAUUUGGAUACCGUGCAUGUUUUUGAUUACUGUCAUAGGUCAUUUUAUUAUCGGCUUGUUAAAAGUUACUGAUAAAAUCAUAUGAGGCAGGCUUUAAAGGGUUAAUCAAACACAUACGAAUAAAUCCUAAAUGUUUUAGUUGUGCAAAAGGUAUGAUAUUGUGUCUGAAACUGUUUUCAUUUUCACUCAAUUGUGUAAUUGCAAGGGAAGUAAACUAGUAGAUAUGCCGGCUUAUAAGUACUGGCCUAAGGCAAGAGUUUUUAUUCUUUGUGGAUCUCGGCCUUAAAUUAAAUUAAACUAUCAUAAAUUUUCCAUUUGUAAAAUCAUUUUUGGUUAAUUCAAGGACUUAGAAAUCAAUUUCUAGACUGUAUUCAAUAUAUUUAUAUAAUUAGUAUGCUCGCCGUCAAAAGUACAGCUUUGUAUGCUUGUAUGAAUUUGAUAUUGUAUAUAUUGUCCUAUCCCGAACGAAUGGGAAGUUCCCGUAAUUUCCAUGUUAACUAGUUUUCAUUUUUCUUCCUGUGUGUUUUGUAAGUAUUGUUUAUUGAUAUAUAUCUUGUUUUAGAAAAGACGACUAAAAGGAAACAAAAUUCAAAUGCUCGGACGUGUCAGAUAUAUAGGAAAUUAACAGUAUUGAGCAAGGGGAAUUAGCGGAAAGGAAUUAAAUUGUAGUAACUGUCAGUGUAAAUAAACGAGAAUUUAUUGCAUCGCGGAUUAUCAUUGCAUGGAGUCUUACUAUAUAUUGUGAAGACAACUAUGUAGGCAUAAAAUAUAUUUCUGCCUAUAUGUGAACAAUAUUAUUGUGCCUUUUACAUAUGAAGUUGCUUACUUUGCUAUAUUUAUGUCUUUGAAUGUUUGAUAGAUGCAUGUUUCAGUAAUUAUUUAUAUUUCACUUGAUAAAGUUGUUAUAAGUUAUGCUUACUACGUUCGAUAACUGCUUCCUGAACAUCUGACCAGUACUCGCUCGCCUCAAUUCGAACCUGCGACCUGCCUGGCGGGAGAUCUCUUCACUUUUAUGCAAAAUGUUAUACCGUACUUACUGUUAUAUCGUAGUGGUCAUUUCUUCUAUGCCUGGAUUACCUUAAUAUUACCUUGAGUAAGAUAUGUACUGAUUACUGUACAUUUAUCAUGCAAUGUAAACUAAGCAAUUAACCUGUUUUCUGAAAUAUAUUUGUUACUUGAAUAAACGCCUGUUUCAAAGAUAUUUUGUUUUUUAGUCUUAACAUCUUAUCAAGGAAAGCAUAUAUUUGUAAAUGUAUUAUUUGCCUCAGUGCAAAUUUGCAUAUACAAUUCUUUUCGUGAUUCGGGCCUGUAAGCGCACAACCAACACAAAGUCUUGUCAGGAAGAAUAUAAUUAAAGACAUCUGAGAUUUUCUUUUGCUGUCACUUUUUUUCUGUUUAUUUUUAAUUUACUCUUUGAUCAUUAUGUACCAUUUAAUACAACUGUGAUCUUACGGGCUAUAGAAACCUGGCAGCGUUCUGGAUUCAAAAUUGUAUUUUUGUAAAUGUCCUGAACAAAAAUGGCUACAAGUUACAACAUAACAUAAUAUUUAUAUAUUUUUGAUUAAUUUGUUCAACACAAGUUUAUGUUUAUAUAUUUUUAAUGACAAAUCGUAUUAAAACUUUUCUAAACUAG